AUGCCUCCUCUCUGUACUGCCAAAGUCUCUUACAAGAAAGCUCUUGGUCUUCUUGAACUCACCAGCACACAUCUCCAAUGGACACAAGACGGAAAGAAAGCACCUACUGUCAGAGUGCCUCAUGCAGAAGCUGCAUCGUUGUUCUGUAGCAAAGAAGGCGCUAGCCAAGUGCGACUUAAGCUCGGAUUAGUUGGUGACGACGCAGGUCACAACUUCACCUUCACGUCACCGCAGCCAGUCGCCCUGGUAGAACGCGAGAAGUUCAAAGCUGAGUUGACCAAUAUCAUAAGCCGGAAUCGAAGUGGUGUAUCUACACCUACUCUACACGCGCCCGGGACACCAACUGUGCCAACUUCUAUCAAUGCAGCCUCUUCAAAGAUACCUGUCACAGCUGCGAGAACGCCGCAUUCAAGGGCUGCUUCCGUUGCAGGUGACGGUCGGGCGUCCGCGACGCCCGUCAGUGACCCGACGAGCGAGUUCCGCCUUCGUAAGAAGGUGCUAUUAGGCAAUCCAGAGCUUGCGGCAUUGCAUCGCGAGCUUGUCAUGGGAGGUCACAUCACGGAGAAUGAAUUCUGGGAGGGCCGUGAACAUUUAAUCCUCGCGCAAGCUGCUGCGGAGAUCCAGAGACGUGGCAAGCCUGGUCAGCUCGUGGACCCUCGCCCUCAAACCGUAGACGGGGAAGUGAAAAUUGUCAUCACUCCUCAAUUGGUUCAUGACAUCUUCGAGGAAUUUCCUGUCGUCGCAAAAGCAUAUAGCGAUAAUGUUCCAAGGAAGCUCUCUGAAGCCGAAUUUUGGAAGCGAUAUUUUCAGUCAAGACUGUUUAAUGCCCAUCGUGCAUCCAUUCGAUCCUCAGCAGCUCAACAUGUCGUGAAAGAUGACCCAAUUCUUGACAAAUAUUUAGAGAGAGAAGACGACGAGCUGGAGCCACAACGACUGAGAGAGGAAGGGGUUGAUAUUUUUAUUGACCUUGGCGCCACUCAAGAAGACCACGAAGAGACCGGUAAUAUCAGAGAUGUCACCAUGCAGCCAGGAAAGCAGAGAGCGGUGCUGCCACUGAUCCGGAAAUUCAACGAGCACUCUGGACGGCUGCUCCAGAGUUCUCUUGGCGAACCCGCAGCAAAACGAAGACGAACAGAUAAUGGAGAAGCUUCAGAUCAUCUGUUACAAUUGGAUCUUGAAGACCUCCGUGACAACCAGGCCACGGCUGGUAUCCUUCUAGAUAUGCAAGACCGACAGCGCUACUUUGAGAGUGGGACCUCGAGUUCGACAGCGCAAGCACCAGUGGGCGAAACUGUCGACGCGAACGCCGUGUUAAAUGAAGUCAAGCACAGUCUGCAAGGCUGGUUUGGCAAUUUGAAGUCGCUGAGAAUCGAGCGGAAAGCCGGAGAAGCUGCUCUCCAAGAGAUGACAAGGAACGUUUCCGGGCGACUUGAGGUAAAGACCCAAAAAAAUGAUAUACCCGACGCGCUGUUCCGACAGAUGACUACGUGCCAGACCGCCGCAAACGAGUUUCUGCGACAGUUCUGGCUGUCGAUAUACCCACCAUUGACCGAGGUGCAGACAUUGGCCUCCGCGACGUCUGCACAGAAAGCGGCGAAGGCAGCAAAGAUGGUGGGAUAUCUAGGCAAGACGCCCGAAAAGGUAGCUGCUCUGAUCCAUGCUGCCCGUGAAGAGGGUGUGGACCCUGCACGCGUACAGGUGGCGAUGAAACCCAUUCUAGACGCUGUUGACAAGGCGCUUACGUUCUGGCGGGAUCGCAACGCAAAGACUGUUAACGCACCUGUCGCACGCGGUCGCUAG